GGCUCAUGGUGGGAUUUCGCUGUAACGGCUGGAUGUUUCGCUUUGCCCCAGCAAACCGUGAGAGCUUUGCCCGGAUAAGACGAACGAGAAGCGGCAAUCGAUGAGAGAGUGAGGGGAAACUGGAGCAAUGGAUGGACACAGUGCACAGGGUGCCUGUGAAGAGGAGGGGGAGCGGAGUGCAGAUUCUGUGGGCCUCUUAAACCUCUCAGAUGAGAUCCUGCUCUGUAUUCUUUACCAGCUCCCAGUCUGUGACCUGCUCCUCAAUGUAGCCAAUGUCUGCCACAAGCUACGCAUGCUGUGCUAUGACAAGACCCUGCUCUCACAAGUCUGCUUGUCUGACCAUUAUUUGGCCAAUGACAUGAUGGUGGUGCGUACCAUUGAGAAGCUGUCCAAUCAUGUGCAGUCUCUAAGCCUGAACAGUUGUUAUUGGCUGUCGGGCUCCACUCUGAAGCACCUGUCCCGCUGCAGACAGUUGACCCAGCUCGACGUGACGGGGUGUAAGCUGACCACGAUCCGUUUGUCCCACCUCCUCUCCUCUCUGUCUCUUCUGCGCUGCCUGGCCUUUGAUGUCACGUCCAACUUCAGCUCCUCUCAGCUCAGCUCCGAGGCUGUGGACACGCUCAGUGGACUGUCGGAGCUCAGGCAGUCUCUGCUCACUCCCAGCUAUGGGGUUGUUCCAUAUUGUGCCCAGCUCCGCAAGCUGAUGCUACAGUUUGAUAUCUCUGACGUGACCAGAGAGGGCGUGGGAGUGUCCUGUCAGCUGAUGGUGGGGCAGAGCAGCGUGCCGCAUUAUCAGCAGCUAGAAGAGUUCACUGCUCGACUAGCACCAGGAGAGGUGAACCAGACCCUGCUGCUCCUGUACCUGGCCGUUUUCAGUGUCCACAUUCCGGAGCGUCUCCGAGUCUUCCUGGUGUCGAUCCCUGGGCCGAACCCCGCCCAUUGGCCCUCUGCUCGGACCCUGGCCCAGAGCUUGGGACAGAGGGGUGACCUGGAGGCCCUUCAGCUACCUAGGACAUGGCUGGACCCCCCCUCGCUGAAGCUAGCUCUAGGGGGAAACAGCCCUCACCAUCUGAGCUUCAGCCGGUGCCCUGCGCUGUGGCCCCAAGUUUUCCAAUUGCUUCUGGAAGGAGGAGUAACCGAUCCUACCCAGCUCUCUAGCUUAAACCUGAGUGGAAUAAAUCACGUUUUGUACUCCGACUGCCGAAACAUUGACGACCAGCUACUAGCCUCCACUAUGAGUCGAUUGGCAAUCGGCUGCUCAAAUUUAAAGCACUUAAACUUGAUGCACACUCACUAUCACCAUGAAAAGACACCCGGUUUGAAUAAUGAAAUGCAUUUGGGCUCUAGUUUGGCUAAUUUGAGAAAAUUAUGUUCGCUUACUUUACCCGCAUGUGCACUUUCAGAUGGAGUAAAUUCAAAUAACAGCUCGAACACUAAUUCUCCGUCAUCACUUUUACUUGGCUUAAAGAAAUCUGGAAGAGUAGGCCUUCAGAAUUACAAACCAGACUUGGGACAAUCCUCCUCAGUGGACAGUACUUCAGGAUUAGCCCAGCUGACAAUGGGGUGUACGACUUUAGAGGCACUGGAGAUCAUUGGUCCUGGUUUUGUUUCAGUUCUUCCCAGACUGGAGCCGUGCACUCGCAGCAGUGUAGAACCCCGUGGAAUGUGCGCUUGGGCGAGGGGAGUGGGAGAUGCACACAUAGCAGCUCUGGAGGGCCUAAAAAGAUUGAGAUGCCUGACUUUGGCUGGACUGCCGGGGAUUCUGAAAGGGACAGGGCUGGUACACAUGGCCAAACAUUGUAAGAACUUGAAAGUGUUGUCACUGGCCAACAUCGGAGCGGUUAAGACAAUGAACUAUGCUCCAGCUCUACAGGAGACGCUUAGACACUGCACACAACUGCAAGAACUCAGAUUAGAGCAGCCAUACUUGAGUGCCAACAGUGCGUUCUUUGAAGCCUUGUCGUGCUGCCCCCUCCUGCGUCGUCUCUGCCUGAUCUCCCGCAGUGGGACUUUUGACCCCUCCGCCAUAGAGAGCUUCAUGGAGCGGUGCCGCCUUGUGGUCAUGUGCCAUCUGUUCAUGGGAGGGACUCUGGUGGCUUGUCGUACUCUGCAGAAAACACUGAUAGAAAGGUUUUCAGCUGAGCGUCCGGCCCUGAGCGUGGUCAUCUACCCCUUACACCACGAGGAUCUGCCUUCGGUCAUCAGGGAUAUCCCACUAACACUGCUCGACACAGUUACCUUGUUUCAGAGUCAUGUCGCCCAGCCUCCACAUUUGUCACCGUACUAACUCUGUACAAGACCCUCAAUAUGAUGAUUGGUGCUCAACUAAGGUGCUAAAGUGAAUAAAGUUUACAAUUUCAAUA